CUCAAGAACUCUAGAGAGAGAGAGAGAGAGAGAGAGAGAGAGAGAGAGAGAAUGAAGGAUAUGAAACAUUGCAUGUUCAUCGUCUUCUAUGUUCUGUCUGUUUCUCUGGUACUGUCUUCUCCGGUUCCAGACCCAGAAACUGUCGUUGAAGAAGUCCACAGGAGCAUCAAUGCAUCCGUUGCGGCUCGGAGGAAGUUAGGGUACUUAUCCUGUGGAACCGGCAAUCCCAUCGACGACUGCUGGCGAUGUGACCCCAACUGGGAGAAAACCCGCCAGCGGUUAGCCGAUUGCGCCAUCGGGUUCGGCAAAAACGCGAUCGGUGGCCGUGACGGCAGAAUCUACGUGGUCACGGAUUCCGGCAACGACGAUCCCGUAAACCCUAAACCCGGAACCUUAAGAUACGCAGUGAUCCAGGACGAACCUCUGUGGAUCAUUUUUCAACGCGACAUGACGAUCCAGCUGAAAGAGGAGCUGAUAAUGAAUUCGUUCAAGACGAUAGACGGCCGGGGAGCAUCCGUACACAUAGCGGGCGGGCCGUGCAUCACGGUACAGUACGUGACGAACAUUAUCAUCCACGGGAUACACGUACACGACUGUAAGCAGGGGGGGAACGCGAUGGUGAGGAGCUCCCCGAGGCAUUACGGGUGGAGGACGAUAUCGGACGGGGACGGGGUCUCGAUCUUCGGGGGAAGCCACGUCUGGGUCGACCACUGCUCGUUCUCCAACUGCAACGACGGUUUGGUCGAUGCCAUCAUGGGUUCGACCGCCAUUACGAUCUCGAACAAUUACUUCACUCACCAUGACAAGGUCAUGUUGCUUGGUCACAGCGACACUUACGCCAGGUGCAAAUAAGGAGGAAUGGUGGGGUCUAAAUGUAAUUUUGGAAACUUACGCAGGUGUCGACAUGGGUACUUCCAUGUGGUGAACAAUGACUACACACAUUGGGAGAUGUAUGCAAUUGGUGGAAGCGCAGAUCCUACCAUCAAUAGUCAAGGGAACAGAUUUGUGGCCCCAAAUAUAAGAUUUAGCAAAGAGGUAACGAAACACGAGGAUGCACCGGAGAGCGAGUGGAAGAAUUGGAAUUGGAGAUCGGAAGGAGAUUUGUUGCUGAACGGUGCGUUUUUUACGCGGUCUGGUGCGGGCGCGUCGUCCAGCUACGCUAGGGCAUCGAGCCUCGGGGCUCGGCCUUCGUCCCUGGUCGGAACUAUCACCGUCGGUGCGGGUGCACUGAGCUGCCGUAAGGGUGCACAUUGCUGAUUAUGGCCCAAAAAAAGGUGGACACUGCUUAGGGAAAAGAACAAAUUAAUGGCAGUGGUUAAAGUCAUGAUUAGUUGGCCAUGAAAAAGGUGAUUAAUUAGAGGCGCCGAUUAUGGUGAUUAGUAUAAUUUUUAUUUUGGUUUUUUCUUUUUCUUUUUUUUUUUUAAUUUUUUUCGGGUUUAAAUUCCGGUAAUUACAACCUCUGUUUGUGCGCUCUUUUGAACCCGUUUGAAGAUUUUCUCCUUUUAAGGAAAUCUUUAAUGGUGUUAAUUGAAAGAGAACAAGUGCAGAUGUGUUGACGAUAUAUCAAUAGAGACUGUAUUAUGUUUUAUAUAUAUAUAUAUUCUCUCUUGGUUCUCUA